GGAGGGUUUUGAAGGCGGCUACGAAGUGCGCUUCUUUGUUCUCCUCCUCCUCCACUGAGAUCUCACGUUUCCCAUUUCUUUCUUGUCCAUUAUUUACUGUCUCACGCUUUCCCGGAAAUCAAAAUCGAAGAGAAUUUUAAUUUCUUAUGCCCAUUCUCAUAUUUUCAUCUGCUACUUUUAGCAACGAGCUUGAUUCCUCUACCCUUCUUGCUAAGCAGAGAAAGUCCACUGAAACAUGUGGAGGAAUUUAGCCAGGCAAGCUUCUUCCAAAGGGAUUAUUCGCUCUUGCCUGCCUUCUUCUUCUCCAUCUAGUUCCAUUAUAUUUUCUCAAGACUUGAAUUUACUCGAGAAAAUCAGACUUCACCAGGCCCCAAAAUGCGUAAAUUAUUGGUUUCCGAUAAUGGGUUUUGGUCGAAGUGGUGUGUUAUCUUCUCAAAAAAGUGGAUUGGGAAGACCCAGCUCCGCAAAUUUAAGUAACCCUUUUGGGUUUUCCGGGAAUUGUAGCUGUGUGAAAGGUUAUGCGAGCGCCGCCGAGGCUAUUGCUUCCGAGGAGGACUUGUCGGGGUCCGAUGAAGUGCAAGAAUUGAUGGAGGAAAUGAUUAAAGAAGACAAGGCGAUGGAAUCUCAAUCUAGGCGGCCGAAGAAAAUGGUGGCGGGUAUGGGGAUAGGGAUGUAUAAUACGCUUCGAAGGCGGCAGAUAAAGAUGGAGACUGAGGCGUGGGAUGAGGCGGCCAAGGAGUACCAGGAACUCCUGACGGAUAUGUGUGAACAUAAGCUUGCACCCAAUUUGCCUUACAUGAAGUCCUUAUUUCUUGGUUGGUUUGAGCCCUUACGCGAUGCAAUUGCUGAGGAUCAAGAAUCUAGCCAGCAAAAGAGGCAGAAACCUUCUCAUUAUCCACAUUUUGAUCAAUUACCGGCGGAUAAGAUGGCGGUCAUUACAAUGCAUAAGUUGAUGGGGUUGUUGAUGACGAAUACUGGAGGGAUAGGCAGUACCAGGGUUGUGCAAGCCGCUCUCCAGAUAGGUGAAGCAAUCGAGCAGGAGGCUAGGAUAUACAGGUUUUUGGAGAAGACAAAGAAGAAGAAGAGCGCCACAGAUAAGAAUGCUGAAGGUGAAUCUGAUAAGAACACAACAGAUAAGAAACCUGAAGGUGAAUCUGAUCCCAUGAUUAACGAACAAAGGAAACUGACCAAAGAGCAGGAGAAUUUAAGGAAAAGAGUUUCUAAACUGAUGAAGAAGCAAAAGGUGCAUCAAGUAAGGGGAAUAUUGAAGGCACAUGAUGACUCAAAGCCUUGGGGUCAGGAAGCUCACGUUAAGGUUGGCUGCCGCUUAAUUCAAUUGUUGGCGGAAACAGCCUAUAUACAACCUCCAAUCGAUCAAUUAGGAGAUAGCCCACCAGAUAUUCGGCCUGCAUUUUUACACACCCUCAAAACUGUGACGAACGAAACACAGAAGUCCAGCAGAAGAUACGGUGUUAUUGAAUGCGACCCAUUAGUUUUCAAAGGACUACAGAGAACUGCUAGGCACAUGGUCAUUCCGUACAUGCCUAUGUUAGUGCCUCCUCAAAACUGGACAGGGUAUGAUAAAGGUGCAUACUUGUUUUUACCAUCCUAUGUUAUGCGAACACAUGGAGCAAAACAACUACGUGAAGCAGUUAAGAGGACUCCAAGAAGUCAAUUAGAACCUGUUUUUGAGGCUCUGGAUACUCUUGGAAAUACCAAAUGGAGGGUGAACAAGAGGGUACUUGGUGUGCUAGACAGAAUAUGGGCUAGUGGAGGCGGUCUUGCUGACUUGGUCGACCGUGAAGAUGUUCCUCUGCCAGAGGAACCAGACACAGAAGAUGAAGCAGAAAUUCGGAAAUGGAGGUGGAAAGUUAAAGCUGCAAAAAAGGAGAAUUGUGAGAGGCAUUCCCAGCGGUGCGAUAUAGAACUUAAACUUUGUGUUGCUCGUAAGAUGAAGGAUGAAGAAGGCUUCUACUACCCACAUAACCUUGAUUUCCGAGGUCGUGCAUACCCCAUGCACCCAUAUUUAAACCAUCUUGGUUCUGAUCUAUGCCGAGGCAUCCUUGAGUUUGCAGAGGGACGCCCUCUUGGAAAGUCAGGCUUAAGGUGGUUGAAGAUACAUUUGGCAAAUUUGUAUGCUGGUGGUGUAGACAAGUUAUCUUAUGAGGGCCGGAUAGCAUUUACUGAAAACCAUUUAGAUGAUAUUUUCGAUUCCGCAGACAGGCCUCUUGAAGGAAGGAGGUGGUGGUUAAGUGCGGAGGAUCCUUUCCAAUGCCUGGCAGCUUGUGUUAAUCUGUCAGAAGCAUUGAGAAGCCCCUCUCCAGAAACUAGUAUUUCACAUAUGCCUAUCCACCAGGAUGGUUCAUGUAAUGGCUUACAACAUUAUGCUGCUCUUGGAAGGGACAAGCUGGGAGCAGCUGCAGUAAAUCUUGUUGCGGGAGACAAACCUGCAGAUGUUUACUCAGGAAUCGCCGCCAGAGUACUAGAUAUCAUGAGGAGUGAUGCAGAAAAAGAUCCUGCAACUAAUCCACAUGCAAAGUACGCGAGGCUUUUAAUCAAUCAGGUGGACCGGAAAUUGGUAAAGCAAACAGUGAUGACAUCUGUGUAUGGUGUCACUUAUAUUGGUGCCCGUGACCAGAUCAAGAAGAGAUUGAAGGAACGUUGUGCCAUUGAAGAUGAUAGCGAGUUGUUUGCUGCAUCUUGUUAUGCUGCAAAGACCACAUUGACUGCUUUAGGAGAGAUGUUUGAAGCUGCAAGAAGUAUCAUGAGUUGGCUUGGCGAUUGUGCAAAGGUUAUAGCUUCGGAGAAUCAGCCUGUGCGAUGGACCACACCUCUUGGACUUCCUGUUGUACAACCUUACCGGCAACUGGCAAGGCACCUUAUUAAGACUUCUCUUCAGGUGUUGACACUACGACGAGAAACUGACAAGGUCAUGGUUAAGCGGCAGAGGACAGCUUUUCCCCCAAAUUUUGUGCACUCCCUUGACGGAUCGCACAUGAUGAUGACCGCUGUUGCCAGCAAAAGGGCUGGCCUAAACUUUGCAGGAGUCCAUGAUUCAUAUUGGACACACGCAUGUGAUGUUGAUGAAAUGAACAGAAUACUAAGAGAAAAGUUUGUUGAACUCUACGAUGCACCAAUACUGGAGAAUUUGUUGGAGAGCUUCCAGACAACUUUCCCCACAUUGAACUUUCCUCCCCUGCCAGAGCGGGGAGACUUUGAUCUCAAAGAUGUGCUGGAAUCUCCCUAUUUCUUCAACUAGUCUGAGCCAUAUGCUUAAUUUGGCAGUGCCCCUUUUUAACUAGGGACUCCGAAUCUUUGUCCUUCAGUGGAAGGUGAUGGCAGCUUUAGCUCAUUCACAGGCAUGAGAUUGUCGAAGUCAAGUGGCUCCAGCCCAUUAUAAUAGCAGAAACGUUGAGCACAAAGUCAAGGUUGGACUACCCACAAUCAGUUUCCCGUGGAAAUUCUUGUAUAUAUGUCCAAACAGAGUGCUUCAGCGAUUGGGAGACGACAUUCGGCUCUGCCUUCUUCAUCAACUAUUUUUUAAAGGAUCUGAGGAAACAAGAUGAUGUUACGUGCAGCAUAUAGUAGAAAUAACAGCUCCAACACUAAUAUCAAGUAGGGUUAGGUAUUGAACGGAAGACAUUAAAGCGAUUGGUGGUGAUUAAAACAGAUGAGCGAUGAGUUAUAGCUUUGAAUGCCCACAAGAAGGCUCCUCAAUCUCACUGGGCUUCUGAUGAUUUUGGCUCAACUAGCCAAUUGGAUCGUUGUCAUGUGUUUUUCUGUUAGUAUAUUGUCACCGAAGAUGUGUGCAAUUUGUUUCGAUGCUAGUUCUUGUUUUCCCCUCUUGAUUCUUACUGUAAUUCAAAACAAAAUUUUGCAAUUGGUACUAAAGAGAAAAAAUAAUACACAAUUCGAGUUCUCUCUCUAUUAA